GUCUGCAGUCUCUGGUCAUCUCCUUUACUGUCUGCAGUCUCUGGUCAUCCCCUCCUUUACUGUCUGCAGUCUCUGGUCAUCCCCUGUACUGUCUGCAGGUCUCUGGUCAUCUCCUGUACUGUGUCCUGCAGUCUCUGGUCAUCUCCUGUACUGUGUCCGCAGUCUCUGGUUCAUCUCCUGUACUGUGUCCGCAGUCUCUGGUCAUCUCCUGUACUAUGUCCGCAGUCUCUGGUCAUCUCCUGUACUAUGUCCGCAGUCUCUGGCCCAUCUCCUGUACUGUGUCCGCAGUCUCUGGUCAUCUCCUGU